AAUUGGAAAUGAUGGCUGUGCGUCAUGCAGAACAAGGAGAUAUUGAAAGUGCAUUGAGCUUGUUGAAUGAGGCGGAGAAUUAUUGUUCUGAAUCACUCUGUGUACAUAAUAGGGCUCAAGUGCUGUUACUCAAAGGUGACAAAGAGUCUGCAAGUUCAGAUCUUGAUAAGGCUCUUGAACUAAGUCACUAUGAGGGAAAUGUAGCGGGUCAGGCGUUCACACAACGAGCUUUGAUUCACAGACUGAAUGGUGACGACGAUGCAGCAUUAGAAGACUUCAAAAAAGGUGCGAAAAUGGGAAAUUCUUUUGCUAAAUCACAAAUUGCAGAAAUGAAUUCAUACGCUGCCCUUUGCAAUCAAAUGCUUGCUCAAGCUAUUGAUAAACUAAGAAAGGGGGAGUCUGAUGAAUGAUGAAGACUAAAUAAAUAUUCAACAAAUUUACUGUGGAAAGAUUUAAUGAAAUAUAAACACCUAAUAGACAUAGUCUUAGAGAAAUUGUUUAUUUUAAAGCAUAUCCACUAUAAGAUAAAUUCUAUGCAAGUAGACAAAUGUAACUGGAAAUGAUUUUCCAAUCAAAGUUGAAGUAAUCAUGUUUCCUAUUGAACCAUAAUAAAAGUGUAUAA